GUGUAGUACACGUUUCCGGUCUUUCUUUCCCUUUCUUUUACCAGCGUGUGUAGUGACCAGUAAGAGAUGCCAGCUCCGGUCGCCAAGAAACCAGCAGCGAAAAAGCUGCCCGCUGUGCCGGAAUCCAAGCUGAAGUUCAGCAAGAAACAAAUCAGCAAGCGGGUCGCCGAGUCGAAACGUCGCCUGAAGCGUGCCGCCGUCAUCGCGCUGCGCAAGAAGGAGAAUCUGGUGCGUGCCGAGAAGUACCAGAAUGAGUACAUCAAGGCGGAUCAGCGUGAGAUCAAGCUCCGUCGCCUGGCCAAGAAGCGCAACCAGUUCUACGUGCCCGCUGAGGCCAAGCUGGCCUUUGUUAUCCGUAUCCGCGGUAUCAACAAGGUGGCUCCCAAGGUCCGCAAGGUCCUCCAGCUGUUCCGUCUGCGCCAGAUCAACAACGGUGUGUUCAUCAAGCUGAACAAGGCCACGAUUAACAUGCUCCGCAUUGCCGAGCCCUACAUCACCUGGGGCUACCCCAACCUGAAGUCGGUGCGCUCGCUGAUCUACAAGCGCGGUUUCGUGAAGCACAGCCGUCAGCGCGUGCCCAUCACCGACAACUUUGUGAUCGAGCGCAAGCUCCGUCAGGCGCACAACAUUCAGUGCGUCGAGGAUCUUGUCCACGAGAUCUUCACUGUUGGCCCCAACUUCAAGUACGCCUCCAACUUCCUGUGGCCCUUCAAGCUCAACACCCCCACCGGCGGCUGGCGCAAGAAGGCUAACCACUACGUCAACGGUGGUGACUUUGGCAACCGCGAGGACCAGAUCAACCGUCUGCUGCGCAAGAUGGUCUGAGGAGGCAACGAGCGGCUAGCUUAACGCUUGUGUUGGACGACAGCAAUUACGCGGUAUGAUGUAUAACAGUGAGAGAAGAAAUAAAAGUAACUUUUAUAAACCA